AUGGCAGACUCGACGCCCCUCCCAAAGAUCCCCAUCAUCGCCCCCGUCGGCACAAACCACGACGAAGCAGCAACCUCCGGCGCUGGCCCGCCCAAGCCUUUCACCGAGGCCCAAGUAGAGGAGUUCCGGGAGCAGGAUCGAUGGCUGCCUAUUGCGAACGUCGCCAGAAUCAUGAAGUCGUCACUACCAUCAUCAGCAAAGGUGUCCAAAGAAGCGAAGGAGUGUGUACAAGAAUGCGUAUCGGAAUUCAUUUCUUUCAUCACAUCGGAAGCAGCAGAAAAGUGUCUCAACGAGAAGCGAAAGACGCUAAACGGAGAGGACAUACUCACCUCGAUGCGGGCAUUGGGGUUUGACAACUAUGAGGGGGUCCUGAGAGUAUACUUGGCCAAGUACCGUGAUUCACAUCAUUCUAUACCAAAGCGCCACCAACAUCACGACGACGACGGAGAUGACCACGACCAUGCCGGGCCAAAGAAGCGAGGGCGUGGGAGGGCAUCGGGAGCCGCUGGCGGCACCAAUGGAGAAGGGAAGGGAAAGCGUAGGAAUGGGGAUGACGGGAAAUAG